AUGAAGAGUUGUGAUUUUUUUGAAGACAAUUUGGUAAAAUCUUACUCAAAUCCACUUGUGGAACUGGAUGAAAUGUUGAAGAGAAUGAUUUUGGAGAAUUUGGGAUUAGAAAAUCACAUUGAUGAAUUGUUGGAUUCCAUUUAUGUCCUAUUUAGAUUUACACAUUAUAAGGGAACAUCAAUUGUUAGUGCAGAUGAAAAUAAUAAACCUGCUGAAUUGGGUGGCCACACAGAUGAUAAUUUCUUGACUUUUAUAUCACAAAAUCAAGUCAACGGAUUGCAAAUCAACAAAAAUGGAGAGCGGGUUGAUGUCAAUAUUUCACUAAAUUCUUAUGUUGUUUUGUCAGGUGAUUCCUUCAAAGCAUGGACAAAUGGCCGAUUACAUUCUCCUAUCCAUAGGGUAGCAAUGUCUGAAGAAAGUGAUAGAUUUUCCAUUCAAUUAUUUUUAUUUACAAAACCAGGUCAUUUCAUAAACACCCCAAAAGAACUUGUGGAUGAAGAACACCCUUUACUCUUCAAGCCAUAUGAAAUGCUUGAUUUAUCCAAGUAUGUUACUUCACAAGCUGGCUAUGGAGCUCCUACUGAUACUUUCAAGGCUUAUUGUGGUGUUUGA